UCGUUUUUACGGCUGUUGUCUCAACGCAGCUCCAGCUGCGAGCCGUUACAUACAAAACCGUUACGUUUCUUUCCAACCGCCAAGGAGAACGAGCGGCCGCCAUUUUGAUCACAAAGAAACGCGGGCUAGAUGGUGUGGAGUUGUUCAAGUUAAACGUGGAUAUUCAGGGCGGCGGAGACGCUCCGUCAUGGCAGUGACGGCUGGUCUCUCCCUCCUGGUGCUGAUGGCGCUGCCGGCCGCUGCUCAGAACCUCAUUUACUUUGAGAUCGGAAAGAGUCUGAAGCUCGACCCAAAGUACCAGCAGGCCAUCACCGCCAUCACAUGGAAGCAUAAGGGGAACCUUGCUGCUGAAUACUUUACGAAAAAUGCUCCUGUGGAAUAUCUGGGUGACUUAAAAGGCCGAUUACACCUGGACCCGACCACCGCAAUACUGACCAUCAGCAACAUGAAAAAAUCUGACGACGGGGAGUUCACGGUGGAGGUCAACAACAGAGCCCUUCCUGUCAGAUUUAACGUUGUGGGGGUCAGGAAGCUGGACGACUACCCUGUUCAAAUCACCGUGAGGCCGCAGGGCUGCAGCAGCCUGACCUCUAGGAAAUGCACCCUGGUUUGUGGUGGAAAGUUUGAAGGUGCCGAACCCGUCCAGUACUUCUGGAAGAAAGAAAAAACGGGACAAUGGAAGGAGGGGGGAAAGACGAUCAGCAUUUCUAUUACCAAGAAGACUCAGAGUUUUCCACGCUACACCUGCAAAGUGAAGAAUCUAUUCAGCGAGAAGGAGAGCGACCCAACAGCGAACCCCUUCAAGACGGAACCCAGCAGCGGUCCGGUUCCGCUGCCUGCGAUUCUGCUUGUGGCCGUUUUAGCAAUUGGAGCAGCAGUUAUUGUUUGACUUAUCAAGAAGCCGCCAUUUGUUCAAAAAUCCUUUUGGUUUACAUGGUGAAAAAAAAAUAAAAUAAAAAAUUAAUUACAAGAAUACUUUAUUUCGCCCACAAGGUAAAUAAUAAGUUAUGCAGUAGAAGUUAUUAAACAUCAUGGAUGUAAACACUUAAAUAUUAUUUGGGGAAAUUGUAGUCAGCCAUUUUACAGAAGAGUUAUGUUUUAAAUACAACUUUUUAUGAACUGUGUGAUGCCGUGAGAUCUCUGGUGAAGCCAGCUGGCCGAAGUCUGGGAGAAAACUAACUACAAACCAUAAAUAAGACUAAUUCCUGUCGUCUUCUUUGUGGUUUUCGCUAGUAGUAACGUCCAGCUGGUGAUCACCUGACUCGCUUCAGAAAAAGUAUUUCUAUUGCAGUUGUGCAAAUAUAUUCAUUUGGAUACUUUAAACACCCUAAUCCUAGCGCAUUUUCUUUCUUUUUUCUUUUAUCAAAAAAAUCUUUUCCCCGAAAUUGGCUUGUUUCCAUUAAGUGAAUUAUUUUUGCAACAACAAUUUGCUCAGUUCUAUUGUUAACGCAGCUUAACAGGAUGCUGUCCAUAAUUUCCUUGAUUUUGCGUAAAGUCUCUGUAAUGCAUGUCUGACUGGCGCCUCUGUCAGUAUCCAGAGUUGAAACAACAACAGUAAUAAGCGUCUCAUUUAUUUUUGUGUUGGACCGGAAAUGCCAGUAUCCUGUGUUACUCGUGUAUUCAUUUGUUUUUCCACUGCUCUGUAACUUGCUUUCUUGAAUAAAUUUCGUUUCGUCACUCAAGCUGAA